AAAGGAAGGCUCUUUGAUACGUUUGACAGCUUUUGCGAUGCGAUGGAUGAGUUCCACAGUCAUAUUGAAAAACAAGAGUACGAAGAAGAGCUCGAGAAGAAAGAUGCGACAAUGAAAAAGAAGAUUCAAGCAGUGAUAGAUGGCCACGAAAAGAGGUACAAAGGACUUUUAGAGAAGGCGGAAGAGAUGGUGGUGAAGGCCAAAGUCGUCGAGAGCCACAUCAUUAUAGUCGACCAACUUAUUAAAGAGAUCAACGUCUUUUUGAGUGAGAAAAUGCAGUGGGAAAGAGUCGAGGAGAUCAUUCAGAGUGCCAAAGAAAACGACCCAACAAGUGUCGCUCAAUACAUCAAGAAAUUUGACUUUGCUAAUGACGUUGUUGUUCUUUCAUUAGAAAAUGCAAACAACCAAAAAAUUGAUGUCGACGUCCUUCUGACGAAAAACGGGUUUGAGAAUGUCAGAAAUUUCUAUGAAAUGCGGAGAGUUGUGUUGGCCAAAGCGGACAAGACUUUAGAAAGUCGAGAGACGGCCAUUCAGCAAGCAACGCAGAAGCAAGAGCGUGUUGCGAAGACAAAGCAAAUUGAUUUGGCUGAUUUAAAGAAGAUGAGACGACGGUUUUGGUUUGAGAAGUUCCAUUGGUUCAUUUCUUCCGAGAAUUUUGUGAUCAUUUCGGGUAAAGACGCUUUACAGAAUGAUGUGAUGUACCGGCGAUACAUGAAGAACACAGAUAUCUACGUCCAUGCGGAUAUCCAUGGUGCUGCGUCUUGUCUGAUUAAAGGAGUGAAAGGGAAAGUGAUAGGUGCUGCGACCUUAGAACAAGCAGGGAAAGUAGCUGUCUGUCGUUCAUCUGCGUGGACGAAUAAGAUAGUGACGAGUGCCUAUUGGGUGUAUAGUGAUCAAGUUAGUAAGACGGCGCCAUCUGGUGAGUAUCUAGUGACUGGAUCUUUCAUGAUAAGAGGAAAGAAGAACUAUUUACCACCGGCGCCAUUAGUCUUUGGACUUGGUAUUGUGUUUGCUGUAGAAAAGACGGAGAAGGAGGAGACUGAAUUCAAAGAAGACAAUUUGCAAAUACUUGGCGAGACGGAAGGGAAAGUUGCGAAGGGAGAAAUGAAGGAAGGCGAGAAGAAAGAAGAAAAAGCAGAAAUAGCAGAAAGCGUCUUGGAAAGAUCAGCGAAAUAUAACGAACAAAUUGAAGAGAAAGCCACACAAGGGAUUGAUGCGAAAGCCACCGACGAUAAGAGCGACACGACGAAAGUCACGAUCGACGAUAUUCAAUUCAAAAAGGUCGAAUAUGCAAAUAAAGACGAGGAAGAACAAGCCCGUCGUCUCGCACACAAAGAAGAAAUGAAGAAGCAACAAGCACGACUGAUGUACGAGAAACAAAAGAAGAGCGAAGAAGACGCCAAACGCCAAGAAAAAGAGGCGAAUAAAUCGGCCAACAAAAAGACUCGGGGACAACUCCGUAAAGAGAAAAAGUUGAAGAAGUAUGUUGAACAAGACGAAGAGGAUCGACUUCGAAUGGCUGAGAGGAUAGGACAUAAAUUUGAAGAAGAGAAAAAGCCCGUUGCUGUUGUCGUAGAGGAAGAAAAGACUGUGAAAGAGUUGAUGUGUCAUUACUGUGGGUCUAAAGAGCAUAUUGCUCGCGACUGCCCAAAGCGUUUAGCGGAAGUGAAUAAGAAGAAACAAGAUGAUGAGAAAGCAAAAGCCGAGAAAGUCGAAAAGAAUGCAAAAGAUGAAGUAGAUGAUGAUGAAGAGGAGGAACAAGGUGUCGAUGAUGUCGUUUUUGUUGGCGAAUUGAAAGAAGGGAUGAAUGUGAGAUACGCCGCACCCAUAUGUGGGCCAUAUGAAUGUGUAACGAAGUAUAAGUAUCACCUGAAGAUCACCCCAGGCAAAUUGAAAGCUGGAAAGGCUGUGAAGAGUGUAAUGUCAAUGUGGGGAACUUGGAAAGAUAUGACUCAACUUGAAAAGGCACUUAUUGGUGGGAUUACAACGGACGAAUACACUGGUGUACUAAUGGGGGAUGUUACUAUUCACCCACCAACGGGUAAAGUGAAAACAAAGAAGUGGACGGGCGGCAGUGGCAAAGCAAAGAAGGAGAAAAAAGUAAAGAAUUGA